CAGGCAGGACUUUUCCAGUCUUCCUCGCCAGUGAAAGCCUUGGAGCAGCCUCACAGUAGCAGGACACAUCAGUGCAGGGGUUGUUAACCUGUGGACGGAUGUUAAUGGACUUACAAUGACCAAUGUUGGCAAUGUCUGGGACUGUCAGGGCUCCUCGCUGAAGGAGAGCCAGGUCUCUUUAUGGACGAUUAACCGCUACACCACGCUCAAGCAGCUGGGGGACGGCACGUAUGGCAGUGUGCUCCUGGGCAAGAGCAAUGAGACUGGUGAGCUGGUAGCCAUAAAGAGGAUGAAGAGAAAGUUUUUUUCCUGGGAUGAAUGCUUAAAUCUAAGAGAGGUGAAGUCACUGAAGAAGCUGAACCAUCCAAAUGUGGUAAAACUGAAGGAAGUUAUCAGAGAAAAUGAUUGCCUCUACUUUGUCUUUGAAUACAUGAAGCAAAAUCUCUAUCAGCUCAUGAAAGAAAGAGAAGAUAAGAUGUUUUCAGAAAAUGAGAUAAGGAACAUUUUGUUCCAGAUAUUAUCUGGAUUAGCAUUUGUGCAUAAGCACGGAUAUUUCCAUCGUGAUCUGAAGCCGGAGAACUUGCUGUGCAUGGGGUCGGAGCUUGUGAAGAUUGCAGAUUUUGGCCUAGCAAGAGAAAUCCGCUCGCAACCACCUUACACAGAUUAUGUGUCCACGAGAUGGUACCGUGCUCCUGAGGUUCUGCUCAGGUCCAGCUCUUACAGUUCUCCCAUCGACAUCUGGGCCAUAGGCUGUAUCAUGGCGGAGUUAUACACCCUCACACCCCUGUUCCCAGGCAACAGCGAGGUGGACGAGAUCUUAAAGAUCUGUCAGGUGCUGGGAACGCUGAAGAAGUCGGACUGGCUUGGGGGCUACAACCUCGCUGUCUCGAUGAACUUCCGCUUCCCAAGGUGUGUCCCCACCAGCCUCAGGUCCCUGAUUCCCAACGCCAGUGACGAAGCAGUCGCACUGAUGAAAGACAUGCUGCAGUGGGACCCCGAGAAAAGACCAAGUGCUGCUCAGGCCCUGAGGUAUCCAUACUUCCAUGUAGGACAGGCACUCGGUGCCCCUCUAAAGAACUCUGAACAGAGCAAGGGCCAAAAGAAGAAGCUGUCAGAGGCAGCUGCAGAACUGAAGCCUCUGUCCCUCUGUAAGACUGAUCUGGACUCCUGCGAGCUUGGCAAGGCCCACAUAGAGGUUCAGACCUGCAGCCAGUCUCCCCAUCAGCCUCUGCAGCAGAUCCCUCUUCCUCAGGAGAACAUGGAGCAGAGCACACUUCAACCAGUGAGUCCCAGCACAGUGACAGAGGAGCAGCAGGAGCCUCUCAGCCUGGUGAAAAACAGGCAACCAGCAUGCUGUCCAGCUGUAAACAUCACUGAGCGAGGAGCUGCCACAGGCACAGAGAACGGUGCGUGUGGACCCCGGACGGCACGUCGACGGUGGGGCCAAACGUCCUUCAAAUCAGUGGACAGCUGGGACGACGGUGACGAUGCAGACCCCGGAGUUUCCAUCUCCAAAAAACCCACCAUCACUUCUCUGAAGAACAGUUUUCGAUUUUCAGAAUCAAAGAACAACGCAGGAACAAAGCUGCAGAGCAACGCUGGACUGAACCGAGCUGACUCCAACCUCACGUCUGCCAAGCAGCACUACCUCCGCCAGUCCAGAUACAUGCCUGGCAUAAAUCCAAAAAACAGCUCCUCAGUAAGAGGCCAGGUGUCAGGCAGAAAGCUGGGGGUGGCCUCGUGUUUAUCCAGAGGACACUGCCCGGAGAUUCCUCUCAGUAAAGAUAUUAGUCUUCCUAAAAUAACAGAUAAGAAGCCUGUAAAAGAAAAGACCUCAGAGGAUCUUGAUCUUUUGAAAGAUUCCUUCAUCAGCAACUCCAACGCCAAGACGUUUGUGCCACCUUUACAGGAAACGGGAGCAGCCCGGCAGCGGAUUUUACUGGCACCCAUAGGUGGCGCCUCUGCUGUCGAUCUAUCAUCUGCCACUGAUCUGAGAGUGGAGCCGAAAAUCAAACCAUCAAAAAGCAAGACUGCCUUGAAAAAGCUGGCACCCUCAAAUCAAGAGUAUGAAGGAUGGCGAAGCAAACCCAUGAAUUCUCAGGUGCUUGGAAUCAACACCAACACUGCAGGGAAGACCACCCUCUCCAGGAGCUCAAACGUUCAGCCAGUGAACGGACGAGUAGACUGGACCGCCAAGUACAGCGGCCACCGCUAGCACAGCAGUCUGCCCGGCGGUGCAGAGGAAUCCUGGGAAAGGUUCCCAAAGCAGGAAAUGUUUCCUGCUGCUAUUGAAUAUCAUUCAGUGUUGUAUGAGUCAAGACUUUUAUCUCCAGUAUGGUUUAAAUAAUAGUAAUUGGAAUAAAAGUUAUUUUUUCAUAUUUGAAAGAA